AUGCUUCGAUCUCGCAAUCUCCUCGCCCUCUGCGGCAUCAUCUUUUCUCUCUCCAGCAAAGUCCUCGCGGGCUUCGACCCCACCGCCUCAAACAACAUCGCGGUCUACUGGGGCCAAAACUCCAUCUCCCUCACCUCGGGCGGCCAGCAACGCCUCUCCUACUACUGCGCCAACACCCCCAUCAACAUCAUCCCCCUCGCCUUCCUCUACACGAUCAAGACCCCCUCCACGACAAUCAACUUUGCCAACGCGGGCGACAAUUGCACCCUCUUCUCCGGUAGCCAGCUCCUAUCCUGCCCUCAGCUCGAAGAAGACAUCCAAACCUGCCAGACGGCCCACAACAAAUCUAUACUCUUGUCUAUCGGGGGAGCAACUUACACCGAAGGGGGUUUUUCCUCCCCUGCCGAGGCGGUCCAGAUGGCGGGGGCGGUAUGGGAGAUGUUUGGACCGAAGAAGGAGGGGUCAAAGGUGGAGAGACCGUUUGGGGAUGCGGUGGUGGAUGGGUUUGAUAUUGACUUGGAGGCUGUGGCGGUGAAUAUGGUUGAUUUUGUGGGGGAGUUGAGGAGGUUGAUGGAUGCGGAUGGUGGGAAGAAAAAGUUUUACAUGAGUGGUGCGCCGCAGUGCCCGUUUCCUGAUGCGGCGAUGGGGGGGUUGAUGGAUGGGGUGGGGUUUGAUUUUGUGAUGGUGCAGUUUUAUAAUAAUUGGUGUGGGGUUGAUAGUUGGAAGGCUUCUGGGGGUGGUGAUGGGAAUGGUGAGAGCCAGUUCAACUUUGAGAGGUGGGAUCAGUGGGCUAGGGAGGAGAGUAAGAAUAAGGGGGUGAAGGUUUUGUUGGGGGUGCCGGGGAGUCAGGCGGCGGGGAGGGGGUAUGUGAAUGGGGAGGUGUUGAAGGGGGUGGUGGAGUAUGUGAAGGGGUUUGAGAGUUUUGGGGGGGUGAUGAUGUGGGAUAUGUCGCAGGUUUAUGGGAAUACUGGGUUCUUGGACAGUAUCCAGGCUGCGCUGGGGAGUGAUGGCCAGUCGUCUGGUCAAGGAUCCGGUCUGCCGCCCACGCAAACGGCCAGCCAAACAACGAUUCCAACCAGUCUACCAUCCAGCCAACUAGAUAGCCUUCUGUCUAGCCUCCUAUCCAGCCAAACGGCAUUCGUUACCAUUACAACUACUGUUGUUGUCAGCGCGACAGCAACUGAAUUUUCCACGGAAGAGGUCCCAUCGCCUACGACGGCGUCUGUCAAGUCUACAUCGGGCUCGUCAACCCCGACUGGCGCACCGGUGCCUCACUGGGGAACAUGUGGUGGGAUAUACCACCUGGGAUCGACGGUUUGUGAAUCUCCAUAUCAAUGUGUCGUGUUGAGCGUGUGGUAUUCACAAUGUCUUUGAGUGACGCAUGGCAAAGACAAAUCGCGGGAAGGGCUGGAGGAGGGAGUGAAGGAUUUUCCUGUCAUGGAUUACGAUCAUGGUUGGAUUUGAGAUGUAUGUUGGCAAUGGGUUUGGGAUAUCUGGGGUAUUUGAGAGGGAGUUGGGGUUUAAUUGCUUUGUACUUUGACUGUACUUUCUCUGAUAUAGCAGUUCUUUUGCCCGCGACGUCAUGGUUGCUUCGA